AUGCGCGCGCCGCGGCGAAGGGGCGGGGCCUCGCGCCCGCCCAGCCGCGUUCCCGGAAGUGCAACGGCUCCCACGGAGGGUGCGGCACGUGGGCCGUCCCCGCGCGCCCAGCCGGGGGUUUGUGGUAUCCCGGGCGCCCUGGAGCCACCGGCCUCGGUGGCCGCGGGGGUGUCGUCCUUGACCAUCGCCGACGCGUUCGCACCGGUUGGCGAGAGCCCCGCCCCGUCCCCGCCGCGCCCCGCGUUCUCCAGAAGGUUCAUCUGCUCCUUCCCGGACUGCAGCGCGAACUACAACAAGGCCUGGAAGCUAGACGCGCACCUGUGCAAGCACACCGGGGAGAGGCCAUUUGUUUGUGACUAUGAGGGCUGUGGCAAGGCCUUCAUCAGAGACUACCACCUGAGUCGCCACGUUCUGAUCCACACUGGAGAAAAGCUGUUCGUUUGUACAGCUAGUGGCUGUGAGCAGAGGUUCAACACAAAAUCCAACUUGAAGAAACACAUUGAACGCAAACACGAAAACCAGCAAAAACAAUAUAUAUGCAGUUUCAAAGGUUGUGAGAAAGCCUUCAAGAAACACCAGCAGCUGAAAAUCCAUCAGUGUCAGCAUACCAAUGAGCCCCUGUUCAGGUGCCUUCAGGAAGGAUGUGGGAAGCACUUUGCCUCGCCCAGCAGGCUAAAACGACAUGAGAAGGUCCACGAAGGCUACGUAUGUCAAAAGGGAUGUUCUUUUGUGGCAAAAACAUGGACAGAACUUCUAAAACAUGUGAGAGAAACCCAUAAAGAGGAAAUAACAUGUGGAGUAUGCCAGAGAAGAUUUAAACGCAAAGAUCAUCUUAAGCAACACAUGAAAACUCAUGGCCCAGAAAGGGAUGUGUAUCGGUGUCCAAGAGAAGGCUGUGUUAGGACUUACACAACUGUGUUCAAUCUCCAAAGCCAUAUUCUCUCUUUCCAUGAGGAGAAACGCCCAUUUGUGUGUGAACAUACUGGUUGUGGCAAGACGUUUGCCAUGAAACAAAGUCUCACCAGGCAUGCUGUGGUACAUGAUCCUGACAAGAAGAAAAUGAAAGUAAAACGAUCUCGUGAAAAACGGAGCUUGGCAUCUCGUCUCAGUGGAUACAUCCCACCUAAAGUGAGACAGGCAAAAGGUUCAUCUUCGUCUCGAGAUGGAGAUUCGCAGAGCUGUGUGGAAGACCAGGUGCCUUCAGCAGUUGCAAUACUUCACCCUCCACUAGGAACUGUUCAGCCUCGCUGAAGGAGGCCAGUGAGAUUAUUUUCAUUCAGAAGCUUUU